AUUUCCGCUGAUUGCUUUCGGUGCCAUUUCAUCUCCAUUCGGUGUGCACGGUGCCUUGCUCUGUCGCGGGGCCCCCAUUUUCCCGUAACCAACCCCUUAGAGCCAAUCGAGAAGUAAAGGAGCGAAAACACGCCCUCCCGCUCCCAAUUUCCCUUGCUCGGCUGCUCGCCAACCGCAGAGCCGAUCGAGACGGAGCCGCUGUCAGCUCUUUAACCCGGCUAGGUUGCCGCUGCCGCCGCCGCCAGAUUCCGGAGGCGAAGAACCGAAAGCCAAGAAGACAUGGACGUGAAUAUCGCCCCACUCCGCGCCUGGGACGAUUUCUUCCCGGGCUCUGACCGCUUCGCCCGGCCGGACUUCAGGGACAUUUCCAAAUGGAACAACCGCGUGGUGAGCAACCUGCUGUACUACCAGACCAACUACCUGGUGGUGGCUGCCAUGAUGAUUUCCGUCGUGGGGUUUCUGAGCCCCUUCAACAUGAUCCUCGGGGGAAUCGUGGUGGUGCUGGUGUUCACGGGGUUUGUGUGGGCAGCCCACAACAAAGACAUCCUCCGCCGGAUGAAGAAGCAGUACCCCACGACUUUCGUGAUGGUGGUCAUGCUGGCUAGCUACUUCCUCAUAUCCAUGUUUGGCGGUGUCAUGGUCUUUGUGUUCGGCAUCACUUUCCCUUUGCUGUUGAUGUUCAUCCAUGCAUCGCUGAGACUUCGGAACCUCAAGAACAAGCUGGAGAAUAAGAUGGAAGGGAUAGGGCUGAAGAGGACACCCAUGGGCAUUGUCCUAGAUGCCCUAGAACAGCAGGAAGACAACAUCAACAAAUUCACUGAGUACAUCAGCAAAGUGAAGGAGUAAAUGGUAGCUUCUCUGGUGACAGGGUGGCAGCAGGAAUGGAGUUACCGUUCACCCUUAACCAGACCCACUUUCUGUUUGUGUUUUUGAAAUAGGAGGCGCACGCACACCCAACUACCUAUGGCAGCAUGCAUGUGUAGGCCCAGCCGUUAACAGCUCUGGUGUUACAGAGGAAAGGCCUCAAACACUGAAAGAAAACACUCCCCACCUCUCCCAGCACGUCCAGAGUUUCAAGUUUGUUUAUGCAGACUGGUAGGAAAUGGCUCAUGACUAUUUCUUGAGAGGAGUAAAAGAAUUAGGGAUUCCACAGCAGCAAUACUGCUAUCUUGCAGGGGAGAAAGUAGUUGUAAAAUAUCAAGGCCAUAGGAGUAAGUGAAAGGCUGUUGAAGUAGAUAAUGCCACGCGUGAGCUUGUAUCAAAUCCCCUUGAGCUAAUCCCUCCCCGGAAAAUUCCCUAGGAUUCUCAUGUGUGGGGUAUAAAUUAGCUGAGUUUUUACUAUUAUUCUUUUAAAAUCAAAGAUGAUCUCUAUCACUUGGCCUCCUGUUUGACGUGCAGUGGAAACUGGAGAAACCAGUUGUUUAUACUUUGUUUACAAAUAUAAAGAUAGCUGUCUAGAAUAUUUUGUUAAAGUUUUGUAAAUUUUUGAAAUGCUAGUCAUAUGUUUUUCUCCAGCCUGUACUCGUUGCAAACUUCAUGGUUUCUUCCUUACAGAAAUUACAACUGUGUUACCUGUAUUAUUCUUGACAGACUUGUUUUAAAAAAGACUAAAUAAAUAAAGCGAAAUGAGUUUGGUUUA